GAGUGCGGAACAGCCUGAUCCGCACUGAGGGGCCGCGGCUGCAGAGGAGAUGGAGGCCAACAUGAACCUCCUACACGAUGCGGGCAUCCAGGCGACACGCUGGCUGCAGGACCACUUCCAGGGUUCCCAGGACUGGUUUCUCUUCAUCUCCUUCGCUGCUGACCUCAGGAACGCUUUCUUUGUCCUCUUCCCUAUCUGGUUCCACAUCAGUGAGUCGGUGGGCAUCAGGCUCAUCUGGGUGGCCGUGAUCGGCGACUGGCUCAACCUCGUCUUCAAGUGGAUCCUCUUUGGGGAGAGACCGUACUGGUGGGUCCAUGAGACGGACUAUUACGGCAACACCUCUGCCCCAGAGAUCCAGCAGUUCCCGCUCACCUGUGAGACCGGCCCCGGGAGCCCCUCCGGCCACGCCAUGGGCGCAGCAGGCGUGUACUAUGUCAUGGUGACGGCCCUCCUCUCCCCUGCCAUGGGGAAGAAGCAGGCGAGGACACUCAAAUACUGGGUGCUGUGGAUGGUGCUUUGGACGGGGUUCUGGACAGUUCAGGUCUGCGUCUGCCUGUCCCGAGUCUUCAUUGCUGCCCACUUCCCCCAUCAGGUCAUCGCGGGGGUCAUCUCAGGGAUGGUUGUGGCCAAGACCUUCCAGCACAUCCAAUGCAUCUACCACGCCAGCCUCCGCCAGUACCUGGGCGUCACCUUCUUCCUCUUCAGCUUUGCCCUGGGCUUCUACCUGCUGCUGCGGGCCCUCGGCGUGGACCUGCUCUGGACGCUGGAGAAGGCACAGAGGUGGUGCGCCCACCCCGAGUGGGUCCACAUCGACACCACCCCCUUCGCCAGCCUCCUCCGUAACCUGGGCAUCCUCUUCGGGCUGGGGCUGGCCCUCAACUCCCACAUGUACCUGGAGAGCUGCCGGGGGAAGCAGGGCUGGCAGCUGCCCUUCCGCCUGGGCUGCAUCGCCGCCUCCCUCCUCGUCUUACACCUCUUUGAUGCCUUCAAGCCGCCCUCCCACAUGCAGCUGCUCUUCUAUGUCCUCUCCUUCUGCAAGAGCACGGCCGUGCCGCUGGCCACCGUCGGCCUCAUCCCCUACUGCGUCUCCCAGCUCCUGGCCACGCAGGACAAGAAGGCUGUCUAGGGGCGUCCCCGCAGGUGACGGUGCGCCCAGGCAGGCGGCUGCCCUGGCUCUGGGCUCGGGGGCGGUCACCAGACCACGGGUGCCCCCCCAGCCACUGUUUGCUCCCCACUGAAUCUGCACAGACUGACUCCACACCGGGAGCGGACUGCAAAGGCUGGGCUGGUGGCGCUGCUGGAUGGCUCCCGCAGCACGGACCCGCAUUGCCAGUUGUGCCGUAGGCUCAGGCUGCCUGCAGCCAGCUGAUGGCCCAGCGAGCCCCACGCGCCUGGGGCUCUCCUGCUGUCCUUCCCGCACCCAUGGGUGGGGGUCAUCAGCCCAGAACCCGACGGCAGCGAGGGGAAGACCCUGCGCUCCCCUGCAACUCACGGGGACGUGCCGCCUCCACGCUGCAGGGCUGGGGAUGGCACCACCGGGAGCAGGGUGCUCACCCAUGGGUGCUCGGGGUCUGCUGCUGAGGCAGCUGUUACAGGAAUGGGCAGACACUGUGAUCUGGAGAUAAAGCACCGGCUUGCGGGAGCCCCCCCAGCCCUGAGGUGUUCAGUAUUCACUGCUGUGUGAAGCAGCAUGGGGUACACGUAUCCGUAUGUGUAUAUACAUACAUGAUGCGUAUCUAUAUACACAUAUACAUAUGGGGUGUCUGUAAACAAGAGGUAUUUAAUUAAAGCUGAAGAUGUGUUUA